AUGGAGGGCAGCCGGAGAGUCCUUCCCAGAUAUGGUUCACCAUACCUCUUCAAGGGACACUUGAGCACCAAAAGUAACGCUUUUUGCACUGACUCCUCCUCGCUCAGACUGAACUCGUUCCACCUGGUCAGGAGUCACAUGACUGCUCACUAUAAUAAAAUCAUUGCUGCCAAAGCUGCCAUAGACUGCUCAGUUCCAUUAAGCAUGUGUACCAGCAUCAAAUAUGCAGACCAACAACGAAGAGAGAAACUCAAAAGGGAAUUGGCACAAUGUGAAAAGGAGUUGAGAUUAGCUAAAACGACAAUGCAAACCAACGCAAAACCCAGUUCCAAAUCAUUAUUUAACACUGUGCAGAAGCCUUCAGGGGAACCACAAGACGAGGCUGUUGUGUUCAUAGAAGAAGUGAACGGAUUCCCAACCUUUUCGAGGUCACCAGUACCUUCUUUAGAGACACUACACCUUGGAGCAUCUAAAGCUGACAAAGUCCUCAGGAAUGGUGCUAAGCAGAACUCCCAUCCCUGCCUUUCCAGCAUGGAUUACACAGCUGCCCGUGCCAGGAAAUCCAGCUCGGGCAGAGGGCCCAAGAGCACAUUCCCAAAUCCCCUCCGAUUAGCUAUUUCAAAAGCACCCAGUGGGGAUCUGCUAGAUAAACAUUCCGAAUUCUUUUCUAACAACCAAUUGCCAUUCACUCCACGCACUUUAAAAACAGAAGCAAAAUCUUUCCUGUCCCAGUACCGGUAUUAUACACCUGCCAAAAGAAAAAAGGCUCAUCAGGUAGAAGCUGAAACCCAGACGGAAUUAAGCAGCUUUAAUUCUGAUUCUGAGACAGCUGAGACCGAGCAUUUGACCAAUUCUGAAACGAACGUAAAACAGGCACCUAGCUGUGUAACACAUGACAGCAAAGAGACCGAAAGGCCUUUACCUUCAGAAGGCCGUGGCCUAACCUGGGACGACAUUAAAGAUGGUAUUCUCCAGCACUCCUCAUCCAGGACAAUAACGCAGUAUUCCCUACAACCUUCUUCAGGGAGGAAAAUCCAUUCUGAUGAAGAAGAGCUGUUGUAUCUGAGUUUCAUUGAAGAUAUAACAGAUGAAAUCUUGAAACUUGGUUUAUUCUCCAACAGGUUUUUAGAAAGACUGUUUGAGAGACAUGUAAAAGAAAACAAACAUCAUUUGGAGGAGGCAAAGAUGCGUCACCUUCUACAAGUCCUAAAAGUAAACUUGGGCUUCUUAACUGAGCAAGCCUCAGGAAAGCAAAAUGAUGCCGAUAUGGUGACUUUAUUUGACUGUGAAAAGGCUGAGAAGUCACAACAGAAUGAAUUUAAAACUGCACAAGAGAUAACCAUUCAACAAGAACGUCGAGAAUACCAGAAGGCUUUGGAUAUGCUGUUGUCUGUGCAGAAGGAGGACGGGGAGCAACUUUCCUCACCAGGCAAUUUCUUCCCACUCAACUCUAAGCCUAAAAGGUAUUCCACAGAAGUUACUGUUCAUCAGGUGAGCGAUGAGAGAAACCUCACCCUGUGCACGUGGAAUGAAAAACAUCCAAGUGUUGCCGGCACCAUAAGGGACCAUGAAACCUCUAUGAGCAUCAUCAAAGGUGACAGUGACACUGAAAAGGUUGAGACUUCAAAUGAAUUAGCUUUUCUUAGGCUACCACUCUCCCAGGCUGGACAGUCCCCUAGGGUCACGGGUGACAACACUCAUGAGUUAGAGGGACUAACUCUUCACGUCAUGGAAAGGAACACUGACAGCUACCCACUGAAAGUUUGA